GCAUGGUUCCUUGGGAUGACCUCGUGCUUCAUACUCAUCUUCCUCAACACCUUCUUCUCCUACAGAACCCAACCUCUCUUCAUCUCCGCCAUUCUCAUGCAAAUCCUUACGCUCCCAAUGGGCCGCUUCAUGGCAGCUGCAUUGCCCACCCGAAGUUACUCCGUUAAUCUUGGACUUGGACGAUGGAGCAGUUUUAGCCUCAACCCGGGGCCUUUCAACGUGAAAGAGCACGUGAUGGUGACUAUAUUGGCUAACUGCGGUGCCGCCACCGGCGGAUUCGAAGCUUACUCCAUGGGUGCUAUCACCGUCAUGAAGACCUACUACAACCUCAACCUCACUUUCUUCGCUGCAUUUCUCAUUGUCGUCACCGCUCAGCUUAUGGGUUAUGGAUGGGCUGGGAUGAUGAGGAGGUACCUCAUUGAACCUGCCGAAAUGUGGUGGCCUGCAAACCUGGCUCAAGUUUCUUUGUUUAGGGCUCUCCACGAAAAGGAAUCGAAAAAAGCAGGCAUGACCAGGAUGCAGUUCUUCCUCAUGUUUCUAGUAGCCAGCUUCGCUUACUACACCUUUCCAGGGUAUCUGUUCCCGCUCCUAACAUUCUUCUCGUGGACCUGCUGGCUGUGGCCUCGCAGCGUCACGGCCCACCAGGUUGGUUCAGGAUUUCACGGUCUCGGACUGGGUGCCUUCUCCCUCGACUGGGCGGGGAUCGCGGCUUAUCACGGCAGCCCACUAGUCACACCCUGGUCCUCCAUCGUCAACAUAGCCUUCGGAUUCGUCUUCUUCAUCUACGUCAUAUUCCCGCUGUGUUACUGGAAAUAUAACACCUUCGAUGCCCACAAAUUUCCCAUCUUCUCCAAUCAGCUCUUCACCUCCACCGGUCAAAAGUACGACGUGACCAAGAUUUUGAACUCCCGGUUUGAACUGGACACUGCUGCCUUUGAAAAGUUUGGAAAGCUGUACAUGGUCCCUCUCUAUGCCAUGUCACUUGGGUCGGGCUUUGCCCGAGUUUCAUCGGUUUUCAUGCACGUGGCGCUUUACAACGGCGGCGAUAUAUGGAAGCGAUUUAGCUGGUCUACAAAGAAGAUCAAACUAGACAUCCAUGCGAAACUGAUGAGAAAUUACAAGGCAGUACCACGUUGGUGGUUCCUGGUGGUGUUAGUCAUCAGCAUUGGACUGUCACUCCUGGUUUGCUUUCUACUGAAACAAGACGUGCAGUUGCCGUGGUGGGGUUUCCUGCUUGCUGCUGGUUUGGCCUGGUUGCUCACCCUCCCGGUCGGAGUCAUUCAAGCUACCACCAACCAGCAACCUGGAUAUGACCUUGUUGCGCAGUUGAUGAUCGGCUAUCUCCUACCUGGGAAACCGAUUGCCAACUUGCUUUUCAAGAUGUACGGCAAGACCAGUAUCCUUCAUGCUCUUUCUUUCUUGUCUGACUUCAAACUUGGUCACUACAUGAAAAUUCCCCCAAGAAGCAUGUUCACUGUACAGCUGGUUGGUUCACUAGUUGCUAGUUUAGCCAACCUUGGAAUGGGAUGGUGGAUGUUGGAGAGCAUCCCCAACAUCUGCGAUGUGGAGGCGCUUCAUCCGGACAGUCCAUGGACGUGCCCCAAGUUUCGAGUGAUGUUCGAUACGACUGUAGUAUGGGGUCUGAUUGGACCAGAGCGGCUGUUUGGACCUCAUGGUCUGUACAGGAACAUGAUAUGGCUAUUCCCACUGGGGGCCCUCUUACCAAUACCUGUGUGGAUUUUAAGCAGAAAGUUCCCGGACAAAAAAUGGAUUUCCCUAAUCAACAUCCCUCUUAUAACUUGUGGCUUCACCGGAAUUCCACCUGCAGCCCCAACCAACAUUGCCAGCUGGAUUGUCAUGGGUUUGAUCUUCAACCACUUCCUGUUCAAGUACCGGAAAGGAUGGUGGCAGAAGUACAACUAUGUUUUGUCUUCUGCUUUGGAUGCAGGGACGGCUUUCAUGGGGGUUCUGUUGUUUUUUGCUCUUCAGAAUUCAGGCAAAAACUUGAAGUGGUGGGGAACUGAGCCAGACCACUGCCCUUUGGCGUCCUGCCCAACAGCACCUGGGAUUACAGUUGCAGGAUGCCCGGUUGUUAAAUAGCUAGCAGAACAA